AGUUUGCUUUUCUCUCCCAAAAUUCUCUUCUCAUCCAAUCCAAUCUCUAUCCUUAGAGAUUCAGAGAUGUUUCUGUGCUAAUUUGUAGUGUAGAUCACUACAAUUGGUAUCAGAGCACUCUUUCCUGAGUGACCUGGUGACAAUGAAAAAUCAAAAAGAAUUUGAUGAGCUAGCUAUGAAGGUUGAUUCUCUGAUGAGCAUUAAGCAAGACUUAGUUAGGGAAUUCAAGGAUAAUUACGACAAUCCUUCACCACAACUUAUCACAGCAUUAAGAAUUUAUCUGCUGAAUUGAAGGCUGUACAGGAUCAUUUGAGCAAAGUGAAAAUGGAUGAAGGCUUGCCUGAACCCUCAUCUGGAUUCACACCCAAAAUCGAUGCCGAAUUGAAGGUAACUCCUACAACAGUCGAAGAAGAUAAUUGUCGAUCUACACCCAAAAUCGAUUUUACUGAUAUUAAUGGAGCUGGUGCUACUAAUUCAGUUAAGGAUUACAAGGUUUUCAAUGAUGAAUUUCGGCAGUUUGAAGAGUCCCAAUUAGUGCUAAGUAUAACCGGUGACAUUUGAUCGAGGUAAAAUGUUUGCGACCUGGAUUCAUUUUUGAGAAGUCUGGAAUCUCUGGAUGCUUAUUGUUCAGAUUCAUAUCAAUUUCAUAUUCACAUAUGGAUGAUGGAUUGUUUGUUGGUUCACAUGUGUGCAAGUACUGGUGAAUGUCCCAGUUGUAUCUUGAGUGCUUCUGGAAGGGUAUUGGAUCGUGGAAGGUUGCUAGAAUUGGAUAGAAGGUACUCAAUUCUAUUAGCUAAAAUCAUAAGGUACUUCAUGGAGCAAAGAAGGUAUUCUUAUUACAUUAGAAACAGUUCUAACCUCAGUAUUAGUAUACUUACUCGUGGUUUGAUUGUACUUCAUGUGGUCGUUUCAAUGCAAAAUUAUUAUGCAAAUUCUGUUCAUAAUCUGAUUCUACAAUCUGGUUAUGGUUUAAAAUUAUUGUUUGCGAAGUUAAAUAUAUCAUUCUUUGUUGAAGAUGGUGACAGUGGUGAUACCAGGAAGUUGUUUGUUAUAAUAUCAAAACAAGGUGUUUUUCAAUGGGCUGAAUCGGUGCUUCAAACGUCAAGGGAAACUGAGAAUGGGCUUCCACAUGAACUAUUUGAGCAAUUUUUGGCCAGAAAUGUCAGUUUUCCAACUCAGAUGGAAGAGGUUCAGAAAGGUUUGAUUGCAUCAAUUUCAAAUGCAAUUCAACAUUUACUGAAUUGCACAAGCAAGAAUGUAUACGAGUUAUUUCAUAAGGUUGCAAGUAGUGAUUCAGUAGGCGCAGCUGGAGUGUCGGAAAGAUCGCAUGAGCCAAUUGAUCAAAUACAUCCUUGCAGAAUAUGGAGUUUCAGUGAUCAUACAGGUUCUCUAAACUUACGGCUGGGGUGUGAGCUACUUUUUCUUUUGAAAACUCUGCAUGAGGAAUCCGUGAUGAUCUAUGUUGAAGCCAGUAAACAAAAUGAUCAAUCACAUAUCCUUUCGAAGAGAGUUAUAGGUAUUUUCUUGGUCCCUAUAUUCAUUCAUCAGUCAAACUACUUUCAUGGGAAGGGUGUUCCUCUAUUUAUGUACUUUCAAGAUCUGAAUUAUUGUUUUAGGGUGUUUGACCCUGGAAAAGAGUUCCAGCUUAAGGGGAGAUAUACUUGCCUUGUUAGGGUAAAUUUUUAUCAUGAUAUUAGGGGUUGUGUGCUUACUGAAGAAAGUAUAAUAAGUGAUUCUAGCAAGUUGUAUGAAUUCUUUAAGCAAUGUGAUAUUCUCUGGGCUAUUUUGAUACUGCAGCAAGUUUACAGUUCAACCGGUAUAUGGUCUUCACAAUUGAUUACACUGUUCAAGCUACAAGAUGGAAUUCAGGGGCUCCAGGUUUUUUCCCAUUUGAUGAUUCUUCUCGUCGUUGAAAGUGAUGGUAAACUCCUGAGAAAAUCUAUGCAGGAAACUAUGGGUCAUGGAUUGUUGUUUUUAAAGACCCUUGAGGUUGCAGGGAUAUUUGUUUGUCUCAAGAGGGGUUAUAGAGGAGUCGGAUGCUCUGAAAGAAGAAUGGAGACCAAGGAAAUUCUCAACCAGGCUAGUGCUAUAAAAAUCAAUAGACUUGGAGGGUUGGAAGAAAAGAUUAAAGAAGUUAUGCUUGGUAUUUUUAUCGAGGCAGAAGAUGCAGCUCAGUUGUUUUCCAUUACUUUGAUGGGCAGUCUUACAAUAGCUAUGAGAACUAUCUGUGGAGAAGAUUUUAUUAUAAGGUUGCAGCUUAAAUACUGCUUAACUAACAACAGAGGAGCUCCCUGCGCUGGAUCGGUUCAUGUUAAGAAACAAGAAACUAUAUCAAUUCUGAACUACUUUGAGCGUGGCAUUCUCAGCUUGGUAAGUUCUCGACAGUGCUUCCAUUGUCAUAAUCGAGUGUUCUUUUGGACUGGAAUAUGUGAAUGGAGAGUGGAGAUAAUCCAUAGCAGGUCCAUGGAAACUAAUGGAAUUGUUUGUGGCGAUAACGGAUGGUAUGACCUUGCCAGAGAUUGUAGGCUCCUUCCAAGUCUUAGUUGGCAGCAGUUAUUACUCACUGUAGGAGGAAGGAAUCUGGACAGAUAUGUUGUGUUGGCAUCUAAAUAUUUUCUACAAAAUUUCCAUCAACUCUUGAAGCAGCUGAAGCUCUCCACCACUGAUGGCGCAACAGUUCAAGGGAAAUAAGAGUCUGCCAAUUCUAUGCAGCUAACAAAUGCAUCACAUGAAUUCUGCGAGAUUGUGAUACACAAGCUCGAAGGUAAACUGAUUAUGCUAAUACUCUCUGGGGAAAGUAAGCAGCGCUGCCCCAUCUCAAUAUCAGGUAAUCCAGCUUCAGUUUUCCCAGUUAACAGUAGCAAUGCCAUUUAUAAUAUUCUGGCUACAUUAAAUUUUUUCACCGCCAUUUUGCAAAUGAGUGUAGCUAGAGUUAACAUCAUUUCUGACUCAAAAUUGAUGAGGGAUUACAGUCAAGUGAUAGUUAAAGAAGAUAUUGAGCAGUACGAAGGAAUAAGAUAUUUUCCGAUCAAGCUUGGCUCUGUAGAAGUGGCUCUUGCAUUCCUCUACUGGUUGGUUGAACAGUUGUGGCUCUAUUGGUUGGUUUUAUUUAUGGUGUUGGAAUGUGCCUAUGCAGUCAGUAGUAUUGCUACUAAGACCUACCAACCAGUGAAGAUGAAGAGGGUGGGCUUGCUUACUGAAUUUCUAUGAGUGAGGUUUGGGCUCAGUCUUUUUUAGGCCUUGAAGCUAAAUUUUAAAAAAAAAAAAAAAAACUCAGCUCUUACGCUGAUGAGAAGAAGUUGCCCAACGAUGAAUUCCAUCAA